CCUCACGACUUCUCUUUUUUUCCCACAAUGCUGCGCGGUAGGGGCUGUCGUGUGUGCGCUAUCUGUGGUGCUGAAGCUGCGCGUGCCUCUGAGGUUGCUACCAUACAAAUCCACCCGAGCAUCCUUCCGCGAGAGCUCCAGCAGCGAGGGAUGGUUUGUGGUCGACGCUAGGAGAGAUUCAGGAUGUUUCUGCCAGCUCUGGUGAUGUAAUGCGUCUUUUUUCUGUAUCUGCUGACGUUCUCCGGGUUAUUUCUCGUUUUUUUCUGUAAGUGCUGCACACGGCAGACGCGCCUGAAAGCCCAUUUUUCCCUCGGCUCGUCGUGUCUCCGGUGCCGCCGCCUGUCCUGCCUCCUUCGCCGCUCCGUCCUGCAUCCUUUAUGCACAGCACGCUGCUCCGGUCCUCCCCAACAAAGCACACCUUCGUGUCCGAGCACCAUGGCCCGCUCCAGCCGCUUUCACUGAGAGACAUGGAAGCCAAACAGCACCAGAUAAAGAGCCUGAAAAGCUACCCGGAGACCGGCGGUCGGAGCCUGGCAGCGGCCGCCGGAGGAGACGGAGGAGGGGGGUAUCGAGCCGGCUCAGCUGAAAUGGAGAUGGACUCGAAGAUCCAGAAAGCCAUCGAGUUCAAGGCGGAGGGCCAUCGCUGCUACAAGGAGAAGAAGUUCCGGGAAGCGAUAGGCAAGUACCACCGGGCGCUGCUGCAGCUCAAAGGGGUUCAUGUCGUGGACGGCACUACGGGCUCCGAGGUCAACCUGCUCAGCCAAGCCGCGGCCAAGCUGACCGAGGAGCAGAGGAGAGCCGUGGAGAGCACCGAGAUCGAGUGCUACGACAGCCUGACAGCUUGUCUGUUGCAGUCCGAGCUGGUAAACUAUGAGAGAGUGAAGGAGUACUGUCUGAAGGUCCUGAGCCACCAGAGAGACCACUUCAAGGCCAUGUACCGAGCCGGCAUCGCCUUCUAUCACCUGGGUGAUUACGAAUGUGCCCUACGCUACCUGCGUGACGCCAAAAACCGCGAACCCACAGACACCAACGUGCUCCGAUACAUCCAGCUGACAGAGAUGAAGAUGAGCAAGAGUGGACAACGGGAACGAGACAGCGGCAAGGAGACCCAGGGCUAACCUUCGACCUUUCCCCCCUCCUGAACCCUCUGACCUUUCAUCCUACAAGUUGUACCUCCCACUCUCCACUUUCUCUUCCUCCCCUGUUGACUCCUCCUGAUGGCAGCCCUGUCAGAAGAGACGCAAUCACCUGCCUGUUACAGACAAACACAUAUCAAGCGCUGUCUGCGACCCACCCUCUUCCUUCUUCCUCUCCCUCUUCUUCUCCCUCUUUCUCCCUCAGGUGCUGUGGUUCCUCUCCCUCGACGCAGUCAGCAAGGAAACUUUAAAAAAAAAAAGAAAUAUCAUGAAAAUACAUGGAAGAAGCUGUAAUAUAUACUCAUACAAACCCAUCAUUGUGGUGGAGUCAAAACGAAGCUUCAGCCCAUACACAUGACAGACAGACAUCUGCGUGAUUCAGCAGAUGUUUAAAAAACAUGGAAAGCAUUUUGUUUCUGCUCUCUCGCGCUCUCUUUUUCUCUCCGUUUUAUUCUGAACUCUCGAGGAGAAUUUGGGGGGUCUCGGGAAGCUCGACCACACCGGGAGGAGGGCAGGGAUGCGUGUGGAAGUGUGUGAAACAGGUUUGGAGAAUAAAAAUGGGUGCGGUGAGGCGGUGUAUAUGUGUAUGAGACACAUGCCAAGACCACAUCCCGAUUUGAUUGUACAUCCUAACCCACCAGGUCUCACUCAGGCCACUUACCCAGACUCUGAGAUGGACUAAUAUAACAAGUAGAAAAAAAAAGCCUGCCUCUGUGCUUAAUCUAUCACUUUUCUGUCUGGAUUUUUCUUUCCUAGAUCCCUUCUAUCUCAGUUUCUUGACUGUUUUUUGAAUUUAAGGGCUAAUUCAAGUGUUUAAAACCCCGUAUUAGGUUUUUUUAAUUUGCUGUCAUACUCAGUAGUGAACAAUCGGUGGUUAAUAGCAUCUGUGUGUGCAGCAAAGAGCCUAAAUUCUCCAAGCGGUUCAUUCCGUUGCCUGAUGUACUUUCGUGCAAACUGGUGUGUCUUGAAUCUGUUGUCCGAACCCCCUCCUGGGUCGUGUGUCGUGUUACUGUUGUUGAGACUGUCGAAGCCCCUCCCUCGCUCCCUCGCUCCUUCUCAUCAAUUCCACCAUCCUCUGUUCUCCUGUUAAUGAUGUCACAACGGAAAAUAGCCAGUGAGAUCAGACUUCCAUCAGCUGCCGCUGGCUAGAUGGAGAUCCACGAGAAAUUUUUUUCAGAGAGAGAGAGAGAGAGAGACACUUUUAUCCUUUUAUCACUAAUGCUGAGGCUUCCCAGACAUCCAUAAACCACCACGGAGACUCUGGGCAGCGUUAGUGCAGGGAAAACGCACACACACACACACACACACACACACACACAUCUGGCCUGAUGGUGCAGACUGCCGUCUUGG